AUGGCCGCAUCACUCGCUACCUGCAUCUUCUGCAAGAUCGUCAAGGGCGAGAUCCCAUGUCUCAAACUCAUGGAGACCGAGAGCGUCCUUGCUUUUGUCGAUAUUGGACCAAUUGCCAAAGGGCACAGCCUCGUCAUUCCCAAGCACCAUGCUGCUACACUGAGUGAUCUCCCAGAGUCCGAGAUGGCGGACAUCCUGCCUGCGCUCAAGAAGAUAGCUAUUGCCUCGGGCGCGCAGAACUACAACAUCCUUCAGAACAACGGUCGAGCAGCACACCAAGUCGUCGACCAUGUCCACUUCCACAUGAUCCCGAAGCCUGCCGAGGCGGGGGACAAGGAGGGUCUCGUCAUUGGUUGGCCAGUCCAGAAGGAUUUGUCGAAAGAUGAGAUCAAGACGAUCUACGAGGAUAUCAAGUCGAGGUUGUAG